UCACGCCCCCUCCCUCUCACGUGCUGAGCCCCUCGUAGCCUUCGUCCACCCGGCAGCCGCCAGCCGCCAGCAGCAGGAGAUCGGCGCCUGGGAUCCUCCGCGUGUCGUGUGGGGCUUUGCCGCCCUCGGACACCGCACUGACAUUUGUUGAAUAUAAUUAAGGAAUAUAGGCAACAUGUUUUACACUCAUGUGCUUAUGAGUAAACGAGGGCCAUUGGCCAAAAUAUGGCUUGCAGCUCACUGGGAGAAGAAACUCACAAAGGCGCAUGUGUUUGAGUGUAAUCUGGAGAUAACCAUUCAAAAAAUUCUCUCCCCCAAGGUGAAAAUUGCACUCCGAACUUCAGGGCACCUUCUUUUGGGAGUUGUUCGAAUCUAUAAUAGGAAGGCAAAAUAUCUUUUGGCAGAUUGCAGUGAAGCAUUUCUUAAGAUGAAGAUGACAUUUCGCCCAGGACUGGUUGAUCUCCCAAAAGAGAAUUUUGAAGCAGCUUACAACACUAUCACAUUACCGGAAGAAUUUCAUGAUUUUGACAUCUAUAAUAUAAAUGAUAUUGAUGUUUCAGAGCCCCUUGCUCAGAACCAAAGCAAACCAGAGGAAAUCACACUUAGAGAAGAAUAUAGCAAUGAUCUGCUUUUCCAAGCUGAGAGUUUUGGAAAUGAACCUGAAAUCCUCAGAAGACAGAGCUUAUUUGAUGUCAGUGUAUUAAUGAACUCCAGUGGUCUUGUAGUUGAACAUAGUUCUGGAAGCCUCAUUGAGGAAAAAUCUUUGUUCUUUGACAAUGGAGAUGGAUUUGGAGAUGAAGGAGCUGCAGGAGAAAUGAUUGACAAUUUGUUGCAAGAUGAGAAUACCCUUUUAGAAGACAUAAAUUCAAACAAGGAAACUUCUCUGCCUCCUGAGCUUCCCAGUAGUAUAAUAGUAGAACCAGGUAAUUCAGAUGACCAGUGCCUACCUGAAGAUGAAAAAGUAGAUGAAACAACAUCAUCAGAUGAAGAAGAAAGGCUUACUCUUGACCCAAUUGAUGGUUUAGUAAGAGACAUUGCUGAGAGAAGGAAAAACAAAAAGAGGAGGUUGCUCAUAGAUCCAGUCAAGGAGAUAAGUAGCAAGACUAUGCAUAAGCAGCUUACUUCCUUUGUUGACACCCUCAUGGUUCUGGACCUUGCACCCCCCACACAAAGAUUGAUGAUGUGGAAGAAGAGGGGAGGAGUGGAUACACUUCUAUCAACUGCUACCCAGGAUCUGAUUCAUGAUGAACUGAAAAAGUUGUUUGCAAGAUGCUUCCUGUCCUCUGACUUAAAACUUAUACAGAAGGAGUCAGUAAGGAAAGAAGUGGGAACCAAAAACAUUUUAGAGCCCUCAGUGACAGAAGAGCCGAGUUCCCAUAGAGACUUAGAUCAGCUCCAGGUUUGGAAUGAUGUGACUGAUGGAUCUACGGGUAGCUUUCAGCAGGAUAUCACUAUGAAUAUUAACUCUGAGGAUAUCUUUGAUAUGGCUUCUCCAGCUGCUAAGAGAUUAUCUUCAAUGAAUGCUUCCUUGGCCCAAGAAAAUUGUCCAGUUGAAUUGGAGUCAUCAGUUAGCAAACAAAAUACUGAGGCAGAGAAAUGGAAUCAACAAUUAUUUCAGACAUUAAAUGAAUUACGGGAAUACAAGAAGAUGGGGAUGCAGUCUUUUAGUCUGAUAAAGCUAUGCAGAAAUUGUGACCGGAAACAGACAGCUGCCAAAUUUUAUACCUUUCUUAUCCUAAAAAAACAUCGAGUUAUUGAACUGAGCCAGAGUGUUCCCUAUGCAGAUAUUAUAGUUACAGUGGGACCAAUGUUCCAUAAGAUGUGAGAGAGAUCCAGAGCAUGCAGGUGUGUGCCAUCACUGGCACUGCUGCAUAGACUCCAGUUUGCUGGAGAAGCUGUCUGGAAGCAGCGGGUGUCUGGCCACUUCACAGACAGGCUGGCCUCCCAUUUUCUAUCUAGGGACAGAGCAAUCACAACCAGAAUUGGAAACCUAUGUGGGGACAGUUAAGUCAUUUUUAACUUAACUGAUUUGAAUGUAUGCAUUUAUCAUUGCCACAUCUAAACACAUUUAGAUUGUGUUUAUGGUACAUGAUAAAACAUAGUGUACCUCCAGGAAAUAUUCAAGAUUGUUUUGUAAAGACUGUUUUACAUUGGAUUAUUAAAGUUUGUGGAGUUAGUGAAUAGUUAAUAUUUUCUUACUUGUAGACAUUAGUUUAUUUGAUCUGCUUUGUAGCAUCAUUGAUAGUACCUAAUUCCCUGGAUUUUAAUCUAAUAUCUUAGUUAAAGAACUAUAAAACUUGUUUUAAAUUACCAGAGUUACUUAAAAUCUGGUUAUGGGCCAUUUAACUUUUUCAUUUAAUAUUUAAUAACUUUUAUGGUCACCGUUAAUGUUCUAGCAAAACCAAAUCUGCUUAUGUUAAAAAACAAAACAAAAAACUGGCAGACACUUGUUAAUGUUUUAUCUUAGUAAAGACAACUGCAAAAGAUGCUCUUUUAAUUCGUGUGUAUGGAACAUUUUAGACAGCAAAAGCAUUUGUUUUCUUAGUUGAUGUUUGAGUCAAAAUUUUUCAUAUGCUCUACGAACUUCAAAAUACUCUAUAAAAAGUGGCCUAUGGCACUGUAAAUAAUGGUGCUGGGUUACAUUGUAAAACAGUUCAAUUCUAAAGAGAUUCUUUGAGUAUAUUUAAGAUACAAAUAACAGAGUUGUCUUAAAUAUUUUUACUUUCAAAUUAAUGCAGAAAUUAAUUGGCUUGAUUUUUGGUGUACAGGCCUAUAAUUUAUAUAUUUAUGUAAGUGUGUGUGAUAUAUAUCUCCAUCACCACAGUCUAGACAUAGUCAGACCACCUUUAUAAAAUCCUUUUCAGGGAGCUGGAGAGAUGGCUCAGCAGUUAAGAGCACUGACUGCUCUUCCAGAGGAUCCAGGUUCAAUUCACAGCAUCCACAUGGCGGCUCAUAACUGUCUGUAACUCCAGUUCCAGGGGACCUGACACCUUCACAUCAAUGCAUAUAAAUAAAUAAGUUUUUAAAAAUCCUUUCCAGGUUAUCCCCUUGUGGUAGUCCCUCUAUUCUAAUAGCUGGCCACCAUUCUCCAUGACUACACUUUUGUCUCUUUGGAAAUGUUAUAUAAACGGAAUUAUGUAGCAUGUAACCUUCUGAGCGUGGUUUCUUUCACUCAGUGAAAGAUUCAGUGAGAUUCAUCCAAGUGCUUUCAUGUAUCCGCAUUUUGUUCCUUUUAGAAGCCAAGUAGUAUUCUGUUGCCUAGAUAUAUCAGCUCAUUUAUACUCUUACCCAUUAAAAGACAGUUAUUUCCAAUUUUUAUAAUUUUAGAGCUAUAAGUAUAUAUAGUUUUAUACAAUUAAAAGUGUUUAUUUCUCUGAGUAGCAUUUCUAAGUCAUGUAAAUGCAUAUUUAAAUUUAUAAUAAAUUAUUUGCCAGAAGUUAUACCAUUUUGC